AUGAUAAUAGUUUGUCAUAUACUGUUGGAGAACUUCACUGCGGCCAUUCCUGGUCAUUGCUGCUGGGUCCACAUCCUUGAUAAUGGCACUGUCUCUGAUAAUGACACUGGGACCCCCAUCUCUGAUGUCCUCCUGAGAAUCUCUAUCCCAUUGGAUUCAAACUUGAAGCCAGAGAAAUGUCGUCACUUCCUCCUCCCCCAGUGGCAGCUCCUUCACCUGAAUGGGACCUUCCCCAACAUGACAGACCUGGACAUGGAGCCCUGUGUGGACGGCUGGGAUGACCUCAGCUCCUUCUCUUCCACCAUCAGGAUUAAGUGGAACCUAGUGUGUGAUUAUCAGUCACAGAAACCAUUGGUUCAGUCCCUAUUCAUGGCUGGAAUGUUGGUGUAG